ACGAGAAUCAAAUCUAAAAUCUGUCAUAGGACCGCACUUCAAUGUAAUGGCUUCCAUUCUCACCUUCCCCUGGAUUCUCAAUCACCAUCACCCACCUCCUCUCUCCUCUGCCCUCCUUCUCAUGCACGUACACACACCCCAUUUACACAUACAAUUACGCAGUCCAUGUUUAUCUCCUUCUGACAUCUCUGUAUUGACAAUUUGCAGAAUCUUUUGUCCCCUUUCGCCACCUUUUCCCUCAUCUUCCCAAUUUAUUUCAUCAUCUUCGUUUUAAAUUUCACAUUUUUAUCUCCCCAUGGUGAAAAAGAUUCAAUCUUUAGCGGUUAAUUCCUCUCCGCGAGGUUUGAUUGCCGGUAAUUACUGCCACGAUGUUCUCAUCAAGGACGAAGUCGUUAUCGCCGAGAGUCUUGGCGGCGCCGCCUCUUUUAUCUCCGCCGUGCUCGACGGUCUUGAGAUUCCUGCCGAUUAUGUUUGUAAAGUGGGUCCUGAUUUUGCUUAUGCUGUUAAUCACAAACCCUUGAUUUCGUAUUCGUGUGAAACUACUGUUUUUCAUGCCUAUUUUUGUGAAGAACCGGCUCGGAAUGAUCGGGUUCUGAAGCGGGUCGGGUCGUGUGACCCGAUUUUCCCUUCGGAUUUGCCUGAUUUGAGGUUUGAUUUUGGGAUGGCUGUGGGAGUUGGGGGAGAGAUUGUGCCAGAAACCCUAGAAAAAAUGGUGAAUAUUUGUAAUGUUGUGUUUGUUGAUAUUCAAGCAUUGAUCAGGGUUUUUGAUCCAAUUGAUGGGACUGUGAGUCUUGUAAAUUUGAAUGAGACGGGGUUUUAUCGUCUUUUGCCGCGAAUUGGGUUCUUGAAGGCUUCUGCUGAGGAAGCCUUGUUUAUGGAUUUGGAGGAGGUGAGGAAGUGUUGUUGUGUUGUGGUGACUAAUGGGAAAGAGGGAUGUACCGUUUAUUGGAAGGAUGUGGAGUUGAAAGUUUCACCAUUUCCAACAGUGCAGGUUGAUCCUACUGGUGCAGGGGAUAGUUUUUUAGGUGGCCUAGUUGCUGGAUUGGUUCAGGGUCUAGUGGUGCAGGAUGCUGCAUUGCUUGGGAAUUUGUUUGGGUCCGUGACAGUUAGUCAUAUUGGGCUUCCCAAGCUGGACUUUAGGUUGUUUGAGGAAGUUAGAAGUGAGGUGCAGAGGAGGAAAGUGCAGUGUAUGAACCGCACCCAGAGGCACGAUGACGAAGAUAACUUUAUGAAGCCUGUAGGUCACGAACAGUUCCUCUUGUCACUCAAGACAGCAAAAUCAAUGCAUACAUGUCCCAUUCAGGCUUCUGAAGGAGAACCGCAGAGUACCCUGAAAGUAGAUCAUGGAAACAGCCUCCACUGCCCUGGCCAGCAGAAGUUAUUACUCAAUAGUAUGUAUAAAGAACCAAUCAAGUCAGCUGAAACUAAUCCAUGAAAACACAGCCCCCUUAAUCAUCCUACCCCUUGUGAUUUUUCUUUUUGUUACAACAUAAUAUCUAAAUAUCAAUAAGUAGAGGUGUCUCCAAUUAAAAUACUACUGUAGGUACAGGAGGAGAGAGGUCUAAGCCAACCCUGGCAAUUGCAAUAGCUGGAUUUGUAACUUUAAAUUAUGUGUUAAGAUGCAUCUUUGUAAUGGAGAAUUUCCUUUCCACAGUGUAUUUAAUACUCGUGCAAUGGUUACAUUUCUUUUGAAGUA